GGAGUAGUUCUCUCCUUGUCUCUCUCUGUAACCCAACCAAAUCAACAGCUGCUCGGUUAUAUAUAUCAUCAACUUCUUCUCGGUUUAUAUCAUUCGUUGUCCUGAGAGAAAGAAAAGAGAACUUCUUGAAAAACACACACAAAAAAAUAAAAUAAAAUGGAGAAGGCAUUUAACAGACAAAAAGUUCUUCUUGCUCAUCUGCAACCCACUUCUCCUUCUCCUCUUCUCUCUGCUUCAAUUUGUGCUGCUGGGGACAGUGCUGCAUAUCACCGGACAGCUGCUUUUGGUGAUGAUAUUGUGAUUGUGGCUGCGUACCGUACUGCUAUUUGCAAAGCCAGGCGUGGUGGGUUCAAGGAUACCUUUCCCGAUGAUCUACUUGGAUUUGUAUUAAAGGCAGUGGUAGAAAAAACAAAUGUGAAUCCAAGUGAAGUUGGGGACAUCGUUGUUGGAACCGUUCUGGCACCUGGUUCAGAAAGAGCAAUUGAGUGCAGGAUGGCAGCGUUUUAUGCUGGUUUCCCUGAUACGGUGCCCCUCAGAACAGUGAACAGGCAAUGCUCAUCUGGCCUCCAGGCAGUUGCUGAUGUUGCUGCAUCCAUAAAAGCAGGAUAUUAUGACAUUGGUAUUGCAGCUGGGUUGGAGUGCAUGACAGUGAACGGCAUUAGGAGUGUUCCCCAAGUUAACCCAAGAGUAGAGGCCUUUCAACAAGCCCGAGAUUGUCUUCUUCCUAUGGGUCUGACUUCUGAAAAUGUUGCUCAGCGUUAUGGCGUGACACGACAAGACCAAGAUCAGGCUGCUGUUGAUUCUCAUAGAAAAGCGGCAGCUGCAAGAGCAUCUGGUAAAUUCAAAGAUGAAAUUAUCCCAGUUACUACAAAGAUUGUGGACCCAGAAACUGGUAUACAGAAGGUUAUCACAAUUUCAGAGGAUGAUGGCAUUCGACCGAACUCAAACCUGGCAGAGCUGUCCAGGCUGAAACCUGCAUUCAAAAAGGAUGGAUCCACCACUGCUGGCAAUGCUAGCCAAGUCAGUGAUGGUGCUGGAGCUGUACUUCUUAUGAAAAGAAGCCUUGCUGCACAGAAGGGACUUCCAAUUCUUGGAGUGUUCAGGAGUUUUGCUGCUGUUGGUGUAGAUCCUGCUGUAAUGGGUGUAGGCCCAGCUGCUGCAAUUCCAGCGGCAGUGCAAGCUGCUGGACUUGAGCUUAAUGAUAUUGACCUGUUUGAAAUAAAUGAGGCAUUUGCAUCACAAUAUGUUUAUUGUAUAAAGAAGCUGGAGCUUGACCCUGAGAAAGUUAAUGUGAAUGGCGGUGCAAUUGCUCUUGGGCAUCCUUUAGGUGCUACAGGUGCCCGCUGUGUUGGAACUCUUCUGAAUGAGAUGAAGCGUCGUGGGAAAGAUAGUCGCUUUGGAGUGAUCUCAAUGUGCAUAGGGUCUGGCAUGGGGGCUGCUGCUGUUUUCGAGAGAGGAGACUGUGUCGACGCACUAUGCAAUGUUCGAAAGGUGGGAAGCAACGACCUUCUGUCAAAAGAUGCUCGUUAGAUACAUUAAUUUCAUCAUACUGAAUUCAUUUUGUUACAACUUGGGAGAUUAUCAAAAUAGUCAUCUGCGAAAAUUGCAAGUUGGAAAAUAAAGCUAAUCUUUAUAUG